AUGAAAGGUUUUCAAUUAUUGCUUCCUGUUUCACUAUUUCUUGUUUGCGGUGUUGUCGGUGAAAUUGCUGUUGAGGACGGUGAUGCAGUAGCUAUUUCCAAUGAGAACAUCUUCUACCCAGAGUACAUAUUUGUAGAUGAGUGGGAGGGACAGAUUUACCAGGAACACCAAGUGCAAGAACAAGACCAGAGUGUUGGAUUAAGUGAUAAUGAUGUUGGCAACCACGGACAAGAACCUGAGCAUGAGCAUGAGCAUGAGCAUGACUCAGACUUGGGAAAAAGACACGAACACCAACCUCACGGCCAUCAUAACCCCAGUCCUGCUUCUAACAACAUGUACCAAAGAAAACCAGAAAAGGAAGCUCAAGAUAAGGUUGCAUUCAUCAAACAGUAUACUGACAAGUUGGAAAACAAAAACUUUCAAAAUGUAAUGAAAAUAGUAAUCUCGGUAUCUAUUGUUGGUUGGGUCUGCUACGCUUACGUGUUCAGGAAACGCGAAGCGAAAGCCGUUCCAGGUGUCACUUACAACUAUUACCAGAGUAAGGAUGUUUGA